AACCCAAGGCUUAUAGUACAGUAUGCUUGUCUACUGUACUUGUAAGACUUCACUAAGUUGAAGGUGCUAUAGUACAUGUAGUGAUGUAUCUCUUUCUGUCCCUCCCUCAGUUGAAGACUCUCACUAAACUGCUGACUAGUCAAGUUCCUCUAGAUGAAGCUCAUUCUCUCCUUGAGCCACUUACUAGAAACAAAUCAACAGCAUCAGUCGUCAAACAGGUUUUACAGGAUUUCAAACUACUUGAAAGACAGCUGGAAAAACUACAAGUUCUAAAGAAAUUAAAGGUCUUGUUUUCUCCUGGACUGGUUCUAAACAUGGCUUAUUUUGACGGGUUAAUAUUCUCGUUCUGUUCCCUUGAAGAGUCUAAGAAAAGCCGUAAAGGUUCUUCCCAGCUGGUGCUAGCGAGAGGAGGCCAGUACAAUAAACUAUUAGAGAGUCUCAGGGAGAAGAGACAAGUAUUGUCUGCUCCAUAUUCCUCUCCGUCCUCUCUCCCUCCCUUACCCUCCCUCUCUGGGGUAUCCUUUCAUGAGGAGGUCCUAGUGAAGGUUCUCUGUAAGACUUACGUGGAUACUGGACAGAGCCCCCU